GGGUGAUAUUGUGCAUGCGCUUUGGCACUGAGUGCAACCUCGGGUCGGUCGAUGCGAGCAAACUGGCGUGGCUCUCGGCCUCCAUUUGCCAGUUUGUGUUUAUAUUCGAGGCACUCACCGAGGCCCCGACAAACCGCGACGACGACGAGCAACAGUUGGAGUUUCACCGUGAACGUUGUUAUUGUACCGCCGCCGUAGGCCACGAGGCUUUCAGCCCGAUGUUGGAAAGGUGAGGCGUUUGUGGAUCCUGCAACUUUUCCAACUUGGUAUCAAAUGAAGCGGGGCGACGGCAGCUGUUGGUGACGCCUGCCACAAACUCACAUCAAUGAAGGACCCCCAUGCACUGGAGGACGAGGAGGGGAGCUUUACAAACACCCCCUCGUCAGUUCUCCCUCCUACGACCAUCCCUUCUUCACCUCCUCUUGUUCCGACCACUACAAGACCUAAUUUCACUAGCGACACCGCGAUGGAGACAAAAGCUGUCUCCAUGGCCAGCAACAGCUGCGGGUCGACCCUCUCUUCACCUGCUGAAGCUAGCCCAGCCAAGCCUGCUGUAGCACCGCCUACUGCCUUCGAUGGGACGAUCGAAACAAGCCCAGCUACCUCACAUAUAGCAUCAGCGUCAGACUCCCUAACAUGCACGGGCGUGAGCGUGGUCAACGUAACAGAAUCAGCACCGUCGUUGCCUGAGCUGCCUUCUACCACAUUUGGCAGUCCAGACCAGGAAACAGACUUUCCUGCUGUGCUGACCUUCAAAGGUGUCACUGUCACUCUGGAGAACAACAGCGUGUGGAAGCAGUUCUUCAGCUGUGGGACUGAGAUGAUUCUCACUAAACAGGGGCGUCGCAUGUUCCCGUACUGCCGGUAUCGCCUGUCUGGCCUAGAUCCUGAGCGGCAGUAUAGUCUGGUUCUGUCCAUAGUUCCAACAGACCAGUACAGGUACCGCUGGAGCACAUCCAGGUGGGAGGUCACUGGACCAGCAGAACACCAGGCCCAGGGUUUGAUCCGGGCCUUUUCCCACCAUUACUCACCCUGUCGAGGAGCGCAUUGGAUGAGUGGCCAGAUGUCCUUCUACAAACUCAAAUUGACCAAUAAUUCCCUAGAUCAGGAGGGUCAUAUAAUCCUACACUCCAUGCAUCGCUACAUUCCUAGACUACAUGUGAUACCAGUCCCGGAUGGGGUUGUACCCACACCUGACCAGCCUGUGGUUAUGGGACCAGAAAGCAUGACCUUCACUUUUCCACAAACUGAAUUCAUGGCUGUGACAACAUAUCAGAACUUUCGGAUCACCCAGCUGAAAAUUAAUCACAAUCCGUUUGCAAAAGGCUUUAGGGAGGACGGGAACAACCCACGCCUAACGCGGGUCACUACAGAGGCUUCACCACUGGUGAAGAUGGAUGCUCAGCCUUAUACUUUAAAGUCUGUUGAACUCAAGGAAAGCAAGGAGGAGGUGGUGGAUCUGAGCACAAAGAAUCACACAGUCUCCGCUUCUCUCUCAAGUGUGCAAGCGACAAGACUGGUUCUGAAGCCCAUAAUGUCCACCACUGCGGGUAAGGAUGAACCAUAUGUCCCCUGUAUAAGAGGCAAACAUGCCCUCGGUGAGCUUGUGCUUGUCCAAAAACGACCCUGUUUGGAACCCAAGGAGGAAACGGUUGCUGUCAGUGUAACCCCUAAGGCGCAGCAGGGCUUCAGACAGAUACUGCCUAAAGCCAUAUCCACGACUCCCACUUCCACAACUCCUACCACGGGAUCAUCACCUGGGUACCGCAAGAGGGGGAAGAGGAUCAAUAGACGUUGGGCAAGUUCACGGGGAAAAGAGUGGAAAGCUGCGGCUGACUCCCCCACGGUGGUCCACAGCCCAUCGUUUACUGUUACUAUGCAACCAGAGCUGGAUGAUGUAGAAGGCCUGUUGUUUGUGUCCUUCACCUCAAAGGAAGCUCUCGAGGUUCACGUCAGGGACAAGCCAGCCAAAAGCACAUCAUCAGCAUCUCCAGUUUCCCUAAUGUCACCGGUGCAGAUGAAGCAAACAAUGGAGGUGAUUCCAGAGACCGAGGAGGAGAAGAUAACCCGCUUGGAGGCUAUCCUGCUGCAGGACAUCCACGUUCUCAAACACAGACACGUCAUCCAUCCUGUGCUGCAGGAGGUGGGUUUGAAGUUGAGCUCCCUAGACCCAACCAAGUCCAUCGACCUGCAGUAUCUGGGGGUCCAGCUGCCACUGCCUCCUCCAAACCUACCAGAAGAAGGCAAUGCCAUGUCUCCUGGUGAUGAGGGUUUACCCUUCAUCUCCCGAACAGGGAAGACAAGCGACAUGACAAAAAUAAAGGGAUGGAAAAACAAGUUCAUAAGAAACAAAGAAACGUCUCCUCCUCACUGCGAUGGAUCCCAAAAGAACCUAUCAGCAUUCUGCAGCAACAUGUUGGAUGAGUAUUUGGAAAGUGAAGCCCAGUAUAUCAGUGAGCGUGCUGCUGCCUUCUCCUCAAACUCCGCAGGAUCUGUGGCCUAUCAGUUACCUGCUAAAAGCUCCAGCUACGUAAAGACCUUGGACAGCGUCCUCAAGCAUCGAAACGCUGCUUCCACAGUCCCUGUGGCAGCCAACAGACCAUGCCCCCUUUCCCACAAACCCCUCCUCUACUCUGCCCUGAUGUCGCCUGCCCCUCCGUUGGCCAGCCUUGAGCCCCCUGGUCAAGCAGGAGCUCAGUCCAUACUGCAGUGUGCAUCAUCGAGUGCGCAGCCAGGACCUGUGUUGGCAGUAAAUGCUGCUCCUGGUUCCAGUUACACUUCUUCGGUUUCAGAAAGAUUAAUCACACAGCACAUAGGGGUCAGCCAGAGAUCAGCAUUGAGCUUUGGACAGAGCCAAGGGAUGACACACAGACCUCCAGGCCUCACUAAGUUCCAAUUGAAAAUGUUGCAGAUGGAGAUUGGAGCUCAGAACGAGGGUCUGAGCAGAACACAGCUGACACAAGACAGGCUGUCAAUGGCUCUGUCUGUAAUGUUGACCAAACAGAUGCAGGCCAAUCAGGUCUUGAAAGUAUCCCGGUAUCCAAAGUAUAAACCCGAGGGACCUGAAUGUGGUCGAGACUUCUGCAGACUGGGCUGCGUGUGUUCCAGUCUCCAGCAUCUGAAUAGGGGUCCCCUCCACUGCCGGCGGCCUGAAUGCAUGUUUGGCUGUGCAUGCUUCAAACGCAAGAUCACCAAGCAGAAUGCCGCGGGGGAGAGUGAACAACAGAUCCAGCCUGUUUACUCUGUGACAAAUAUGGAACAUGUGGUCCCGCCUCACCCGGGCUCCCAUGUUAAUAAACUGUGGAACCACGGCAUUUAUGAUGUGGAUCCAGAACCAACCUUCGCCCCCAAAAGUGCUGCUCUGUCCUCAGUCCCUUCAAAGAUCCUAAAACGCAGCAGUGUAUCUCGUCUAACGCAACCGAUUGAAGAAGAGGAUAAAGAUCCAGUUUAUAAAUACUUGGAGAGCAUGAUGACAUGUGCACGUGUAAGAGAGUUCAACAGCAAGCCUCCUCCUGUAGUCACCAUAGAGCCCAAGAUCGUCAGUACUUCUACACCAAACACCACAGCGAAACCGGAGAAGACAACCACUGAUGACCUGCCGAAAAAGUAUUACAGAACUAUAAUGACUGUUAAAAAAGCAGCAGAGAACUCUUCUCAGGGGACCACGUCCGACGAAACGGUAUCGAAAAAGCAAAUCCAGAUCCAGUCAGCGUGUCAGUGGGACAAGGAUCACAAAAUGGUCCUGGAAACUUUAUGUCGACGCAUGAAUCAGAAUAGGCUGUGUCAGACCUUCUGCAUAGGCCCUUACUGCAUCCGCCCGGUCGCCAAGAUCUUCAUGCAGAAGCCCAGUGGCUCCAUCAUCACCUACAGGGUGCACAUCAGUAAACCAUCAAAAGCCAGUGAUGUUGAUGAAGAUGAAUUUGAUGAAAGUGAUGAGGAAAGGCAUGCCAAUAAAAGCCUCGAUGGGGACAUUGAUCCAGAAGAGGAAGAUGGCCAAAUUGAAGAGCCAGAGAUGCAGUUUGGAGUCACACCCUUCUUGAGUGGAGUGUUACCUGCCGGCAGACUGAGAGCCAGGACUAAACCUGUUGGUUGCUUAGCGUAUGGACUUAUACAGGUAAAUGGCAAAUCAUACAAUCAGGCCAGACUGUUGCUGGGGAACAUGGGGUCUUUACAUCCAGCCAACCGCCUUGCCGCAUACGUCACAGGCCGACUGCAUGCCCCUGCCGACAUUUCUCAUAAGAACUCUCAGAAAUCAGACCCUACAAACAAAAUCAACACUCCUGGUCCCCUGCACAUAAAGGCUGCUGGCUCAGUAGUCCCUGCAAUUAUAACUGCAAGGAAAACCACUGAGCUGAAGACACCAACACAGCCACCAGUUCAGCUACCCCAGCCAGACUCUUGGAGAAAGGGAUCCAUCAAUUUACCACAACAUUCACAAAACCACUCAACCAUCAGCCCUGUCCAGACAUUUGCCUCGGGCCAACGCAGCUCUGUCAACCUCUUCCAGAACAGCUCUACGUCCUCACCCGUCUCUCUCACCGUCUCGCAAUCACUGAAAACCCCCAGCUUCUUAGGACAGAGUGGCACCUAUUCAUUCAGAAUCUGCCCUCCAGCUAACCAGGGCACCAGAGACCAGAACCUACCAGGAGUCACCCUGCCUGGGGGCUUCACCCUCAUUCAGCUCCCUAAGCCUGGAGCUAACGGAGCUGUGCAACAAUCCAAAUCUGAGAACGUUACAAACAUGGCCGGAGUGGAUAAAGCCUCACCACCAAGAGAGCCUUUGUUUCAUUUUGGAAACUUAGCAGCUGAUUCACCUGCAAACUUGCUUGGUUUGCACACCUUUAUGAGAGCUAAGGAACUAUUAAGCAGCAAGUCGCUGGAACCUAGAUCCUUCUCUGAGCUGAUGUGUCAUGAAAAGAUGCCCACGGAGGAGACUGAUGAAGCUAACAACAGGCAGAUGGAAUCAAACCUGGACAUUGCUUCAGAAGAUUUAAGCUCCGACUCCUCAGACUACGGUGGAGAGGGGGAUGAAGAUGAGGAGAUCGUGGACAUUGAGACUGUAGAAGAAGUAGGACAAGGAAAAGCCAUCGCUAUAAUGAAAGAAGCUGUGAGAAAAGCAUCACAGGAGUCACGGGAUUCCAGUGAUGAUUUGGGAUCAGCAAGGGAACUCUGCAUCCAGGAUGAAACUGGUGGCAAACUAGGCGAGUCCAAGGAUAAAAGGAGGCGGAAGAACCACUCAGUGCUAGAAAGGCAAAGGCGCUGUGAACAGAAGGCCCUCUUCAUCAAACUCCAGAACGUCCUUAAGAGUGACCCCCGGGCCCCCAGGCUGACCCUCCUCUCCCUGGCCAAUAAAGAAAUCCAAAAUCUGGUUGAGUCCUCCAAACGUCUGGAGGAGACGAAGAGGAGGCUGAUUAAGAUGCAGGCUUUAUAUGUGAAGGAGCUUUCUCUUUUGUCUGGGAAGUCCGAUACGCUGAUCAAACACAAGCUGAAGGAGAUCUGCGACAGGCAGAAGAUGAGAGAAAAGACGAUGAAAUGGAAGCCCUUCUUUUCCAAUCUACUCCAGUCCAGAGCUGCUUUACUGCAAGCCAUUACUCCUCAGUCCAAGCUCCAGCCCACACCCCUGUUACAGCCUGACUUGGACAUGGCUCCAUCUCUGGCCAACCCACACACAGCUGCAGCCCAGAACAGUAUAGACAAGACACCCAAGCCCACGCCACAGUCUCGGCUUCAGGCAGUGUUCUCCUCUCCAGCCCAGGCGGAGUUCACUGCACCCUCAUCACAGGCAACAAACCAGCCAGUUGAACCUGCUGCCUCAGUCCAACAUGAGCUUAUGUUCAAGGGCCAACAGAAGGUACCUGAGGAUGGAGCCUCACCUACAUCCUCCACACCUAAUUCCAACCCUUCACAGCCUUUCACUCUUCCUCUAAUUCGCACCAAGACCGGCAGAAUCAUACUUCCCUCUUCUCUGAGACCAAUUGGUCAAGGCUUCUAUACACUCAUGGUCUUGAAUCCCAAGCAGAAGGAAGAAGAAGGAGAGGUUAAUAUGCAGCCUUCUGAUGCUGACUCGUCCAAGAAAAGAGAGAAAAGCUUUUCUAAAUCUGAGCACCCCUCGAGUUCAGAAAACAGUUGUGUUUUGGAGGAGGACAAAACUGCACAACCCUCCAACUCUGAACCAAAGCGUUCAGGUGUAAACCCCCCCCUGGCUGAGCUCGCCCUCCUUAACCAAUCAAUCUUUGGGCCUUCGUCGGCUCCGCAAGCUGUGGAGAACAGCCAGGAGUGCGGCGCAGGGGUGGGCGUGAACAAAACACGGGCAGCUGCCUGCUUGAGUUUUAACCGUGUGGGUCAGAUUCCUACUUCUGUUAAGCCGGAACCUGAUGAGAGCCCUCCUGUAGUCCGCCGGAGCAGGGGCAGGCCUCGAAAGCAGUCAGUUACCCCCGUUAGUGAAAAAGUAAAACAUACCGCGGUGGAAGACACCAGUAAAAGCGUCAGUGAAAGUGUAACAUCAAUUCUGGUUAGAAAAAGACGAAGUGAAAAGAUUGCUUUGGAGGUGACUAAGACACGAGCUGAGAAAACCCCAGUAAUGGUUAGAGACAACCCGGUGGCAGCCAAACGAGGCAGAGGAAGGCCUCCGAAGAAUAAUAAUAAUAAGUUGGUAGAACUGUGGAGUCCUCCAAUUAUGCCAGCAGGACGUGGUCGAUCUAAGUCCAACAAGAACACCCCUUUCAGACUUACUCCCAUUUUUAAAAGCCCUGACACUAGACCCAAGGGAAGUCCUGCAACAACCACCCGACUUGGAGAUGUGAAUACAUUUCGGCCUUUAACCCGAGGUGCUUUAGGUAAGGACUUCCCCAGUGCCAAGAGACGCUCCUGGAUAGACAUAGAAAAGGAACUGGAACCCGAACUUGAAUCUGAAUCUGAAUAGUUCUUACAUCUUCCUGUUGCUAUUAAAGCCAAUUCGCACAGUAAUGUGACCUCAGUUAGUCUCCGAGCUUGAUGCUGCUCUCUUCUCUAUAUGUUAGCACAACACUCAGUAGACCUUUUUCAUACUAGAGAGAAGCUGUUUUUGGUCUAAAGAAUACACUAGAAAGCAUUAAUUGACCUGCUGAAUGUAUAAAUCAAAAAACUCCCACAUUCAGUUUCUUCUAUUCAUCUAUUCCUCCAUUCAUGUUUACUUAUAGUCAGAGCAGGAGAUUGAGAUUUAUUCAAACCAUGUUUUUUGUUGAAGUGAUUAAUUACUGAUCUGUCUUAUGCAAAUGGAAAUAAACUUGUUCAGAUUGUGUAAAUUCAAUAUAUUAAGCCUUACAGUGUAUAAAUAUCUGUAUCCUAAAUAGGAGCAGAUGCAAUACACUGCUUCAUUAACUCUUUGAAAUGUUAUCUUGUCUUUUUUUAUUGAGUGAUAGUCUGAUGCAUUCUGCCCUCUGAAAUGUGUUUUUUUUUCUGUUAACUCCUUGAAAAUCAUCUGUAGUAGCAGUUUGUUAGGUAGAAACCACCCAUGAUGUCUGUUGUCUUUGCUUUAGUAACUGUAGUGAUCUGCUCUCUGGGGAGUUAAUAUGCAUAUAAACUGUAAAAUGUGUCACAAGCAAUCAAGAUAAAAACUAUUAGCCAUAUAUUAUAUCUAUCUAUCUUAUGAAAAUAACCUCUGUAAAUAUUGAAUUCCUUUUUUAAUUUCACUACAUUUGUUUACUUUGUGGAUGAUUUUGAAACACUGGUUGUCCUGUUACUUCAGUUUAAUUGAAAAUGUGAAAAAUCAUGUGGCCUUUAAAAUCAAUAAAAAAACUACAUGUA